AUGCCCGUUUCACCAAAAAAUCCCCUGGCCCCACGACCAACGACGGGCCACAUCGUGACCCAACACAUCUCGCAAUGGGUAACAAGCAGUCGCGAGUAUGCUGCCAGGGCAUCAUCGCGGACCAGUCUUUCUACACUCACUCGACCAAAACGAUCACACUCUCGACCCAGUAUCAGUGCACCCACCAACUUCCGCCACUGUGAUGGCUUCGAUAGCGUCGAAUUCAUGGUCGCUGAAGCGCCAUCAAGCACCCGCCGCCGUAGCUUUCGUCCCCUCCAGCUUUCCAUGUACGGAUACGACGGGUGCGGACGACUAUCACCACUUCCUGAUUUCGAAAGAGAAGACGACUGGACGAGCAAGCCAUCACCGCUCAGCAUGCCCGCGCCGGCGCGAGUUCGCGGCGAUGAGAUAGCAACAAAACCAUACUUGUCUUCCAAUCCUUCAUCAUAUAGCAUCCCGAGAAAGCCAGUCGGCUCUGGCUCAAGACGAUCAAGCGUGCAGAGCGUGCAAAGCAUCGGAGCCCACGAGAGGAGAUUCUCCGGUUCGACAGUCGGCACAACGGCAACACCAGCCCUACCGUCGUGGGACGAGGAGCCCAAGGCCAGUGUGGAAUCCUUCGUCCGUGGACCAGGCUUGCUUCGACGCACACGCACAUCUGGAACGAACACACCCGCCCGGGUGCUCUCCCGCCUCCCUUCACCCUCCCGUACUCGCGCUAACACCGCGCCCACACGACCCAGCAGCCUCCGCAGAGCCAAUAACGAUGUCGAUGAGGCUAUCCGCGAGCUCAACACCAUCGUCGAAGAGCGUCGUGCCUCCACCUACCGCUCCCAGGUCCAAACACCCUCCCUCAGCACCCGCAUCCCUCCCUCGCCUUCCCAUCACGUACCCCACUUCGCGCCCACGAUGCGUAUGCACGUCCGCUCCGAGACUCUCUCAGACAUCGGUUCCGCCUUCAGUGUACCCCUCAACAAACCGUUACCCACCCCCCCGUCUUCCAGCACACCCGCGCUCCGCCGCGCGCCAAACUUCUCCCUCUACCCGCCAGCCCGCAACUUCACCGGGCCCCUGACUUCGAACCCCAUCACGCCUCCGCCGCCCAAGACGGCAUCCAGCACGUCCACCACCUCGCUGCACCGGCUCAGCAACUGGCUGCGCCGCUCGUCCAGCCGCUCCACAACGCCGCGGGAGCUCACGCCCUUCUACAAAGUGGAAGGGCCGCCCGUUCCCGACCUGGCAAGCUGCCCAAGUACAUCGCGCAGCACAACGGGCCACGGCAGACAGGACAGCGCGGACUCGAAUGACUCGGCUCGAACGGCGGCCACCACGGUGACGCUGGUGAGCAGCUACACGAGCACGCGGUCGACGACGCCGGACUCGGAGGACGCGAGCGAGCGCGCGACGCACCCGCACCCACGCGUCACCGUGCUCAAGGGCACCGGGCGCCUGCGCCGCGUCCCCGCGCCGCUCGUCCUCGCCACCAUCGACGACAAGGAUAUCGAGGCCGCGCUGGGCAGCGAGCGCAGCACGCGCAGCGCCCGCGGGAUGCGCGAGAUGUGGCCUCCGGCAUCGCCCGUAUACGACAUUCUGCCUGGGCAGGAGAUGUUCGCCAAGGACGUCGGGAUGGCGAUGCACAGCGGGAGGAGGUUCCCGCCGAGUCCUAUGGGUAUGGUGGGUGUUGCGUUUUAG